AUUAUCUUUGUUGCUUUAAGUUUUCCUCUUCACAUCUCUCUCUCCCCAUAAACCGAAACAACACAUCAAUGCCCAAAGAAUUCCCAAUCAACAACCUAGAGGGAAACACACACAUACACAAACAGUUUUUAGCUACUAUAGUUUGAUUCAUUUCAUUCAUUCUAGCUAGAGUAAGAAACAAAGAUCAGAAGUUUAGGGUCAGUCACUCAAUUUCUCAUAGAAAAAAAAUAAGAACAAAAGAAAAAAGUUCUCCAUUAAUUUUUUAACGCUCGAUCAGUAAGCUAUUACACACUCUUUCAAGACUGAUCAUGGAAGGAGGAGGAGGUGAUGAUCAUCUCCACCAUCACCAUCACCACCAGCAGCAUCAUCACCAGUACCGUCCUAACAACUUCCCUUUCCAAUUACUCGAAAAGAAAGAAGACGAACCUUGCUCCAGCUCCUCAGCAGCUAAUAAUAACUAUCCUUCGCUCACCAUUUCCCCAUCCGAUAUAAAUACGAAUAUAAACCCUAAUAGUAACAACCUCCAGAUUACAGUUGCUUCCACCGAGUCUCCCAAAAAGCCAGCUCCGAAGAGAACUUCCACCAAAGACCGCCACACUAAGGUUGAUGGCCGUGGUAGACGUAUACGUAUGCCAGCCCUUUGUGCCGCUAGGGUUUUCCAGCUCACUCGUGAACUCGGUCACAAGUCCGAUGGCGAAACCAUUGAAUGGCUUCUCCAACAAGCUGAACCUUCCGUUAUAGCAGCCACAGGAACUGGUACAAUUCCGGCUAAUUUCACGUCACUCAACAUUUCGUUACGUAGUUCAGGAUCUAGCAUGUCCAUACCAUCUCAGCUACGAUCCUCGUAUUUCAAUCCGAAUUAUUCACUCUCCCAAAGACGAGGUUUGUUUCAGGGUAUUGGUUUGUCAUCCGAUAGAUCUGCUACUACGUUGUUGAAUUUUCAAACCGGAAAUUCAAACCCUAGUAGUAUGCAUCAGUUGCAGCAAGCUAAACAAGAAAUGCGGGACAAUUCGUUAGAUUUAACGGAGACAAGCAUAGAAGAAAGUCUAAGUCGAAAAAGGAGACAAGAAAUAGACUUGCAACAACAGCAUCAGCAACAACAAAAUGAACAACAAAUGGGGAGUUAUUUGUUACAGUCGUCAAGUAGUGGGACUAUACCGACAAGUCAUUCUUCUGUUCCAUCUAAUUUUUGGAUGUUGACGAAUAAUAAUAGCCAAGUUUUGGGGGGGGAACCAGUAUGGACGUUUCCAUCGGUUAGUAACACUGGUGCUGCGGCUGCUGCUUUGUAUAGAAGCACAAUGUCAAGUGGAUUACAUUUUAUGAAUUUUCCAACCCCAGUGGCACUAUUGCCAACUCAGCAACUAGGCGGUGGCGGUGGUGGUGGCACACUAGGAGAAGGUCAACUUGGCAUGGUCACUGGACUAAACCCGUAUAGGCAAUGUUCAGGUGUAUCGGAAUCUCAAGCGAGUGGAUCACAUUCACAUCACGGUGGUGGUGGUGCUGAUGAUCGGCAUGAUUCAACAAGCCACCAUAAUUCCUAAAAAAAAUUGACUGAUCGAUCAUCAGAAGAUUGUUAUAUUAGUCCUCUUAUUGUGUUGUGUGGUAAAAGUUUGGAUGGUUAAACACACACGUGAGGUUUGAUUAUAUGCUUGCUCUAUAAUUUUGAGUUUUACAUUUUUUUUUUUUUUUUUUUUUUUUUUUUUUUUUUAGUUCUUCCUAUUUUUCGUGUGAUGAAUUUGCCUGCCGGUUUUUUAGGGUUUGAAGAGAGCAAUAUUUUUUCAUUAUUGCUUUACCCCUUUUAUUCAUUUUACCUAAAGGUAUAUGUCAAAAGUUACUAUGUUUUGGCUGUGCAUGGGGUGUAUCCUAAGAAUAAUUUUACUUACUUGGGAAGUAAGAUUUUUUCACUUUAUUA